GGCCAUGCUGACGCGCCGGGAGAACCUCCUGGUGCGGCCCUGGCAGCAGCGCCGCUUCCACCACCACCGGAAAAAGGUGGCGUCGGCGCUGCCGGUCAUCGACGUGGGCCCCCCCGCGGAGCGCGGCCACGUGUCGUGCAAGCUGAAGCAGGUGCAGAGCGAGUCGGAGCGGUGCGCGCAGAUCGGCAAGGACAACUGCGCGCUCGUGCUGCGGCUGGCGCACAUCAUGCGGACCUCCAGGGUGGACAACGGCUGGCGGCAGCCCCCGCCCACCUUCCUUCGUAGGGUCGGCAUCUACCUGGACCCCGCUGACUAG